AUGGGAACAGCAAAAAGCCACCAAGCAAGACUCACUAUCCAACACCAGGCCCCACCAAAGUUCCUGAAGGCGAGACCCGUGCCCUACGCUCUCACAAAGAAGGUCGAGAAAGAACUGGAAAAACUGGAAUCAGCUGGGAUUCUGACAAAGACCACCCAUUCCGAGUGGGCAAAUCCAAUAGUUCCAGUUCUCAAACGCUCUGGGGAUGUACGUAUCUGCGGUGAUUUCAAAAUCACAAUCAACCCAGUCCUUGAGGCAGAACAAUACACCCUCCCAAGGAUUGAAGAUCUCUUCGCCCAACCAGGAGCAGGAGAAAAAUUCUCGCGUCUUUGCCAGGCCUAUCUUCAGCCUCCCUUUGAUGAGUCAUCCAGACCUCUCACCACCAUUAACACGCACAAAGGACUAUAUGUUUUCAACCGUUUGGUCUUUGGCAUCACGUCAUCGCCUGCUAUCUGGCAACGCACAAUUGACCAAAUACAUGUACUCCAAGGUGCAGAAGGUGUCCAGUGCAACCAGGACGACAUGAUCAUCACAGGCGAAAACGAUAAGAAGCACCUGGAAAAUCUUGCAGAAGUAAUAAAAAGGCUGGAAGAUAACGGUCUAAAGGCCGACCAGGAUAAAUGUAAAUUCUUUCAAGAAGAAGUCGUCUUCUGCGGGUUCAAAAUCAACAAACAUGGACUCAACAAAACCCAAGAAAGUGUUGAUGCCAUAGUCAAUGCCCCAAUUCCUGAGAACAAAACCCAGCUCAGGUCAUUUCUGGGACCACUCAACUACUACCACAAGUUCCUCAAGAACAUUGCCCUCAUCGCAAAGCCACUCCACGAGCUGUUGCAAAACAACACGCCUUUCGUCUGGUCUACCGAGUGCAGCAGAGCAUUUCAGCAGGCAAAAGACAUGAUUGCAUCAGAGGAAGUACUGGUCCGCUACAAGCCAGACCUUCCUCUCAGUAGUCGCAGACUGGCCUGUGAUGCUUCACCCUACGGCAUAGGUGCUGUGCUGUCACACAUUACAGAGGACAUUGAAGAACGUCCAAUAGCGUAUGCCUCUCGAAAUCUGAUUCGAAUUACUCCCAAAUAG